GUAUGUACGUAACAACACAACAACGAUUCUUCAUCUGUGGGAGUGAUAAACAAAGCGUACGAUAUUGCAUUUCCUUAAUAAAAUUAUUCAUUGAUUUUGUGGUUAUUUAUAAUUAUAAUUGGCGCUGGCAGAUUAUACGACCUUUUAAUUAAGCGUUUGCAUAAUGGCUAAAGAAGACAUAUCACUACCAGUGGAAAUGGGGAAACUUGAAAUUCAACCUGUGAAAAGCAAAAACAAUACUGAUGCUAACCCAUUUUUUCACUCACAGCCACAGCAAAGAAGACAUUUGCUCCCAAGAAGCACUCAAACAUUAAGGUGCCAUUGCUCGACCCAAAGAAACAAAAGUUCCAUGUCAAUCUGCAAAAAGAAAAAUAACAACAAAAUUCUUAAAAAACCAGUCUUGAAAUUGCUACAAAACUAUUGUAAAGAUACUGAAGAAUCUCACAACUGCUGUUCAUAUCCUAAUAAAAUAGUGACUCCACUAAUAGAAGGUGUACAUUCGGAAAAUUCUGUCUUGUGUGCACUAGUGCAAAACUGCAAUCAAUUGAGAAUAUCUUCUGAACGGGACAAUGCUGCAAUUGCAUCAUCCAGCAAUGAUACAAAAUGGUGGAAAAAAGAGUUACCUUGCAACAGUAUUCAGAGCAGAGAAUCUGUAACGGACAAGGGUAGAGCUGGCCCGUCUUGUUCCCAGGAGGCAUUGAAUCCAUCAUGUGAUGUCACUAUUGAUGAAUUAGCUAGUUACUUUGAAACUUUUGUCCAUAUCCCUAAAAAAAUGUCUUCUAUGGCUGAAAUGAUGUAUAUUUGAACUAGGUGUACUCUCAGACCUUGUGUUAAAUUAGUGGUCCAUUUUUACAGGCCAUUUUCUUCAGUUUUAUUACUUGAAAAACAAACACUAAACUUGUUUGGUCAUUAAGAUUAAUUUGUAUGUGGUAUUAUUAAUGAUAAUAAUGGUAUUUAUUAUUUCACAUUUAUGUAGUCUGUCAAAGCUAACUUUGCACCAAUUUGAAUAGAUUAAAGUGAGGUGUGUCAUUAUAAACAUCAUAUUUUCAUAGAAAUUGGACAUUAAUGAUGACAUUGCCACACUGUCUUUGCAAAUGGUAUGCAGAAUUAAUUUGGUCCGACAAUGUUACUUUUUAUGUCAUGUGAAGCAAUAUAAAUCUUAAUCUAAUAUUAAUAUUAGUUCAAUAGAAUCUGAUACUUUGAUGCAUGUAGAUUUUGCAAGUAGGAAAAAAAUAUUACUAUUUUUCUAUUGUAGAAUAUUUUGGCUGCUACACUAAAAAAGUGUUAAUCAAACCAUAUUAUGGUUCAAUUAUAGGUAAUUCAAGUCCAAGCAGUCCUAAUGUGUAUGUAAUUACUUUGUUUAUAAUUGGUGCCACCUCUGAUAAAAGUGGGUUAAAAAAAAAUACUAGGUAUAUUUGUAAGUAGAUAAUCCAUUAUGCAAGUAAUUCUUUUCUCUCUGUCUGGUUGCUUUCCUUGGCUAGACAACUGAACCAAUUUUUAUUUUUUGAUGAAGAUUAGUAUUUAGAACUUAAAGCCCUAGGAUGACACAGGCAACUUUAUAUUUGGAAAUACAAGGGCAAGGAAGGGAAAACUGACAGACAGUUUUAAAAUAUUAAUUAUGCAGCUUAAUGCUGCAAAUGUUAAGUGAAGUCACUUGACUGCAAGUAUUAUAAUUGAAUCAAACCAUUAUUAAUUAAAUUGAAUGUGUAAAUAUAUAGGUACCAAUUGUUGAACAAUAAAAUAUUUUAUACAAAAGAAA